AUGAUUGAUAUCGCCACCAGGCACCUGACGCAACUAGAUGCGUUCAGCGGCUACGCCACUGUCGUCGCUGGGCUGGUCCAGGGGUCCUCGUUUGAGCACGAAAGCGAUGAUCUUGUUAUACACCGAUGUCUCCUGGCCUCGCAUGCAUUGGCCGAGGUAUACAUCAGAGCAUUACAAGGCGGGCUCCCUGCCGCUGACUAUGCGAAUGUUGGCACGUCCGCCCGCUAUCCGAAGGGCAAUGUAAAGCAAGCGGUUGUGCGAACGGCGGGGGGGCCGAUCCUUGGACACCACCAGAUCAUGACGCUCAACUGCGCCACGUGCUUCGACAUUGGCAUGCCCCCCCGAUUGGCGUUUCUCUCGUACAAGGAGAACAUGUGUUGGUUCAACGACUGGGCGACGGCGCACCGCGAAGACGGGGACGUCCUAGCCGCCGUGAAUGCCUGCAUGACUCUCGAGCGGUGCGCCGACGACUCGGAAACGCAUGCAGGACAGGAGUUGUCGUGGCGGGCUCGCAACGAAGUCGGAGACCAAUUGAGCCGAUGGCUCGCCCAACUCGAUGUUGACGGUAAGGAAUCCAGCAACUCGUCCCUCGCCCAUACAGGGGUGCUCUGCGCCCUCAACGAUGGGUUGCGUAGGGUGUUAGUAGCGAGCGUAUGUUACGGGUCCUACCACUUCUGGCCCACGCCGCGGCAAAUGACGGCCGACGACUAUGCCAGUUACCUUUGCGCCAGCAUCGGCGGCAUGGCGCGCGGCUGGGCCAUCGACCACGACUCGGAAGCAGCCAUCGGAGAGCACAACCUAUUCAACUGGCUAUGUCGGGGCUGCUCGGUGGCUGUAACACGUGAAGUCCUGUUCCCGGCCAGCGCUGCUGCCCCUCGUGAAGACGCCAACAUGCGCAUCGCUUGGGGCGCGCAGACCUAUUUCUACUUUGGUCAGCGGCACCACGGCUUCGCACGACGGGUGGACAAUCUUGCCCAGGGACAUGGCACCUGUUCACACGGCCACAUGCCGACCCGGGCCAUCAGGCCGUCCUGCUCCCCCGUUGCGGCCGGGGAUGGCGUCGGUGUUAUCGUCACCAAACUCCUCGCCUUGUGUGGGGUCGAGCCCGCCCGCGGUUGCAGCGAUGUUGAUGAUUUCGGCGAGGCAGAGUGGGACUGCGAUUCUCAAAUGUGUCCCAUGUGUCAGUUUGAUGGCAGUCGAGCGCAGCUGUUCAUGGUGUCCGUCGGCGCGGCACGCUUGGCCAUCAAGCUACCGAGCGAAUACCGUAUGUCGCUGGUAAACCUCAUGGAUACUUUUGGCUUCCGGCUCUUCCCCGCAAUUCAAGCCCGGCUACUCGUGCUCUGUCCUUGCCUACCCAAGUGGGCUGCGAGCGUCAUGAGCCAUGGCUACGCAGAGGCGGGCACAAGGUGUGGCCAGAGCGACUGCUCGGCCCCAGUCCACGAACAAGGCUUCUUCACACGGCCGCUAGCCGACGAAGAGGUCCGAUACGGCAAUACAUCGCUGAGAGAGUUGCUUCUGCGCCAAGCUCGGGUUGAGGCGACUGACUAUGCCAACAAGACUGGACAAGCCGCGUGGCUUAACGUGGUUUCCCAACCGCUUAAAGCCUGA